UAGAGUAACCUUAUUUAGAUAUAUCAUAUACAGUGUAUAACGUAUAGAAUGUCUGACAGAAGGAUCAUAUGAUGAGUAGCGUGAAGAUGUUGCUACUGCUGCUGUUGGACCCAGAUCAGAUGGUGCCAAAAAUCGUAGAAGAGCUGACAUUGGACUAGCCACUACAUGUUCAAGAUUCUACCCUGGCAGUGUUCUUCGAUUCCAAACGGGUGAAACGGCUGCUACUGCUAUAACAGGCUGAAACAUAACAGCAAGUAGAACAGCAGGUAUAACACCAGCAACAGGCAGAACAAAUGUAAAACAAAAACGAAAAACAACAAAACACAUCAUUGCUGUCAAUAACUGCUACUGCUGUUCACAUCAAUACGACGACCACUACAACAUCAACAGUAACCAACAUUCACAACAAUAACAUUUGCAACGGUAACAUAUCCACCAGGCCGGCGCUAAAGUAUGGAGGCUGGUCUGCACUGUUGUUAUAGUAAUUCACACCAAAGAUAUGGGACUUUAAUGGACUCUCCACCACCACCUUACUAUGGCGGAUGUGGUGAUGGCGGCAGCAGCAGCAGCGGUAGCGAGGAUUUUUCCUUCGAAGGCACCAUGUUUUCUGUUUUGGGAUCCGGUAGAAAAUAUAUACCUUGUCCUCAUUGUAGACUUGAAGUGGGCGCCUUUGAAACUUUGCUUCUAAAAUCCGAUGGAUUAAGAAAAGGAAACAAUCGCUGUGAGAGUAUCUUCUUGGUGAACGUGUUAGAGAGAUACAAUGUUAUUGGAAAUGGUGAUAGUCUCGAUGGACGGCCACCACUUUAUACCAUUCCUAACUCGUCCCAUUUCGGAGCUGAGUAUUGCCGGCACUGUAACGAAGCGAACUCCGUUUCCAAUAAACCACCAUCUUGUGACAGUACUCGCGCCGAAACCUCCUCACCAGCUUCAUCAGAUGUUGAACAAUUGUCCACCUCACUGGAAGACAAUUCAUUGCUAACAAAUAGAUACAGUGAAAAGAGUGACCAACCAAGCGACAACAAGAGCUUUGAAGGUAAUGACAGUUUUUUUCAAUCUAAUCACACAGGAAAAAACGUUAAAUAUAAACACAGAACAUCAAAUGGAUAUUGUCAAAGGAAAUCAGCAAAAAUUCUGGAUGAAACUACAGAAAACCACCGAAACAAUACCAACAAUCACAUAUGCUAUAGUCAAUCUCGGUAUAUUCCGAACCACGUAUGCCACUCACCGGAAUAUUCGAAUCCUUGGUUAUGUAAAUCUUACCAUAAAGUGAAACAUGCCAAUAAUAAUACACGAUUUAAUUCUAAUGUUUCUUGUCAUCGGAAUUCUUUUGCAAGAUACCAAGAUGAAUCGCUCCUCGGCGAAGGUGUUGGAGAAUUGCUCCAGAAUAAAAUGGACUCCAAGUUUGAGGAAGUGCUUAAAUGCGGAGAAGAUGAAUUGUAUUCUAGAGAACGUUUGGAAGAAGAGAUCGAAUCUUUAAAAGCUACCAUAGCAAAUUUAAUUGAAGAAACUCUAAAAUAUUGGGUUCCAAGUUAUGGAUCCAAAAGAAAAUUAUCGAGCACAGAGCACAGAAUUUCAUACAGCAAAGCUGAUACACCACCUCCUAUGAAACUAAACUGUAAAAAAAACGACUCGAGCCAAAUUUCCUUAACAGAAACUAUAUCACUUCAAAAUUCAUCAACACCUAUUCAGACAAACAGUCAUUCUAAGGAAUCUAGAGUGCAUCCUUUAAAUUCAACUGACACUAAAACAUAUUGCCCACAUCUGCAAAAAAUAAACUUGAAAAAUGAUCGUCGCAGCCAACAGUACCAGUAUCAAGACCACCAAGAAAUACCAAGUCCGACAGAGGAUGAGCAAACAGUUCAAACCCCAGGAAAUGACAGUGGAUUCUUCAGUCCUAGCCCAAGAAUUCUCCAAAGUCCUAGUGCCUGGCAGCAACGAAAACAUGAGUCAGAUUCAAAGUCUUUUCGAUACAACUCUCAUAACAUCAGUUCCGAGUAUGGAUUUAAAUAUCCGAAACCUGAAACCGACAAGUCAGAUGAUAGUGACCAAUAUGAAACCGAAUUGAACCCUAGAAACAGAAAACGAACAAAAGUGGGAAAUAUACACCAAAGUUAUUCUACAGAAACCCGCAACACCAGUUCAAAAGUAAAGGUUAACGACGAUGAUUAUGACCAGAGUGAUCAAGUCAUAUCCCCGAGAGAAAAUAAUAAUUCAAAAAUCAAAUCUCCAAAGAAAGGGAAAUUUCGUCGAUCAACUGACCAGAAUGAAAAUCAGAAAUCUGAUCCCGAUUUGCAGUCCUAUGCCCAUGAAAGGAAAUUUCGGCAAAUGAAUGGGGACAUCAGCCCUGCAAGAAGUGUGUCAUUGAAGAAAACUUCAAAUUCUCUUGAAGAAGUAGAGAAACCCGUCAUUGAACACCAAAACAGAUCCCAAAUCAAUGCUUCUCCAAUAUCAAGCCGAGUUGCUCCAAUGAGUCCUGAAUCUGAAAUGACAGAAUGGGAAAUUGAUAUUAAGGAACAGUUAUCAACUGCAGAUAAUCUCAAUACGUCUUUAAGUGAAACCAGUGAAGCUACGGAUAUAUCCAAUACAGAUGAUUCAUAUGGCACACUUAGCUCUGUAGCCAAGAGAUUUGACUUUGACAUCUAUUCCGACCAGGCAACAUCAUCAGUGGAUUUAGACGAAGGUAAUAGCACGAAGGAAUGGCAGGCAAAUACAGAUCGCUAUGUGACGUCAGAAAUAUCAUCAUCUCCACUUCCAGAACGCCCUACACGAGAUAAAGCAACCCUUGUAUCAAAUAAAGCCGGGAAAAUAUUAAAAGGUGCUUUAAAAUUGGACAAUGAUUCUAAAAGCAAGCGUAAUCGACAUGUGGAAAUCAAAGAAGAAAGUUCAGCGGAAAAUAGUCAAGUUCAAAUAGGGAUGGCACCAAAAGAAUCUCCACCCAAAUUACCAUCGAUUGAGACAGUUAAAAGGAAUAAGAAACGUGAUACGAGUGUUGGCACCUUUGUUGAAGGCGAGUUGGAUUAUUUACAUACCACCCAUAAAAAAGGAACACUUUAUGCUGGAGGUCCUUUCCAAGCUGACCAACAUUUCCGUAGCUGGCUUGCAGACAUAAAAUGCAAUGAUAAUGGACAAUAUAUCGUUAGCGACUGGAGCAAUUGCUGUGUUCAAAUGUUCUCGACCGUUGGCCUUCCUGGCGAUCGAGUAACAUUUAAAUCUGGCCCAUGGAGUUUGGCUUUGAUGGAUGCAAAUGUGGUGGCUUGCACUAUCCCCAAUGCUAGGCAACUAGCAUUUUUGUCUCAUGGCGCUCGACUUGUCGUUGUCGGUUUAGUCUCAACCGAACAGUGUUACUGGGGUAUUGCUGUGACACGGGAUCAAAACCUGGUCUGUUCGUGCAUUCUAGGCAUAGAUCUUCUCUCGAAUACAGGACAACCUUUGCGCACUCUCCAAUACAACAAAGUGGGACUCGAUUUUUUCAUCUUCCCACAGUACAUUACAAUCGGUGACAACGAUGUGAUUUACGUAUCCGACAGUUGUGGCACAUACCUACUUGGUAUACCCAAAGAAGGCGAAAUUAACUUCGAAUUUAGACCGAUUCAAAGUAAUAAAUUCAUAACACCGCGUGAUAUAGAAUAUAGCCCAGAUGGAUACAUAUACAUUGCUGAUACUGAAACAAAUAAAAUAUAUCGACUAACUAAAGAUGGUAAACUUGAUUGUGAAUUAUUCACUGCCAAGGAUGGAAUCAAAGGUCCACUGGCUAUAACACUUCGACAAAACACAAUUAUUAUGACACAGAAAGAUUCCAGCAUAUUGGUUCUUCCUCUUUAAAACGUUAUAAUCCCCCAGCAGUAAAGAAGAUUUUUCAUAUGAUCGCAGCUUUCUGAGGAAGGUACCAUUCAACACAACAGCAAAGAAAGAAGAGAGUUGACUUGAAGCUGGCAAGUUAAGAUAUGAGGUUGGUGUCCGACGCCGCUCACGUUGAAAUAAUAAAAAAAAAAUUCAAAAACGAAACACAAAAAGAGGAAAAGAAAAAACUGUUGUUUUAUUUGUUAUAUUUCUAUUCUUUUUAUAUACACGUUUAAUAACUAUUUUUCUGUAUGUUGAGUAUAUUAUCAUUUUGAUUACUGACUUGGGUGAAAUAACUAACUCUGCAUGAAUCUAUGGUAAGUAGUAUGAUAUGUAAUAACCAUGACUUCGAGAAAGCGACUUCAUAAAUAUUUACAAGCUUUGACAUUUAGUUGCGAAUACAAUGAAAAAAUUGAUUACGCACUGAUUAAAAACAAAACAAAAGAAGUUUGAUCCAACACCGAACGUAGAGUUGUGAUUUACAGAGCUUUAACGCCUUUGUUUUAAAAUGAAAAAAAAAAGACCAUCAGUAUACAGAAUAUGACUGAGAAAGAUACGAAUAUAACAAAACAAACUAAUUGGUUUUGUUUCCUUUUAUACGGAGCAAGAGUCGAAUGUAAAUUAAAAUUCAAAGGAAAUUAUCAUAUUUUAUCGAACAGAAUGUUAACUUAAAAAUGAAAGUAAUAACUUAUACACCUUUCACACACUCUUUCCCUUUAUCAUUGUGAAUAUACAUCAUAUAAUCAUAGUGCACUCCUUUGUUUUUUAAAAAUAUUUUGUGUUCACCAGCUUUAUAAUAAUGGUUACCUAUUAAUCUCACUGUUAUUUUUAACAACUAAACACGAGGGUAGCUUUAACAUUGGUAGAUUUGGUUAAUAACAUUGUAGGCACAAUAAUUAUCUUUUGAGCAACGGUUAAAUGUUUACGAACUUGAAACGUUUUAUUUGAGAGACAGUUAUAAUCUGGAACAAGAUUCUUUUAUUUUAGCUACAAGCCAAAAGCCCUGUGGGAUUUUCUAAUUAAAUAGAAAUAAAAUCAACCAUGACUGAAUAAGGGGCCAAGAAAAAAUUACUUGAUUAUUUGACUUAUUUAUUAUUUAGAACUUAAGUAAAAUCUGGAACGUUCUGUCCUCUAUCCGAGUCUCAGUCUGCACGAAAGAUCACAGAAUGUGAAACUCGAACAAUGGUAUAAACCUCAGUUCUAAUGCACACACACAGACACACACACAUACACACACACAUACACAAAUUACAUAUGUAUAUUAUAUAUAUAUUUAUAUAUAUAAAUUGUGUAUGUGUGUGUGUACGCGCGCAAGUGUUUGUGUAACUCUAUGACUCAGUUUAGUCCCGUUUGGUUCUUGCUGUUGACUUUUCUAAUUUCCUCUGUAAAGAUAUGUAUAGUCAAGUCUUGUUCUAUUUUCUGCAGUUAACUAAGCGAAAUUGCAAGAUUUUUUUUCCAAUUAAUUGUCAUUAAGUGCAUCAUCAGAUAAAAUCUCAAAUAACUUCCAAAACAGUUUAAUUAACAUAAUUAUUUCUGACGACAAACCUGACAGUCGAAUUUUAUCUUUUAUUUACUGUUGCAUUAUUUUAGUUGUUUUGGAGUUUCUUUUUCUUUUUAAAGUAUAUCCUAUGAACCAAACAACAUGCCAGAUUUCUUUUUAACUAGUUAUAUUUUAUUUACUUUGUCUUAAUGACAAGUCAAACUAAAAUAGAGUUGAAACAAAUAGUAAUCUUAUUAUAUGAAGACAAAGUUUUGAGUUACCUUCCGUCCAUCCUAUAUUCCCAGAAAAGUUUGAAGAAAAAAACCGACUAGCAAAUAGAUAUGAAAAUAUAAGCAAUAUUAGUAUCUUAGAUAAUUUCUGCUGAAAUGUGAAGCAUUUUCUUCGUCUAAUAAUAAAUGGAAAUACACGUUCAGACAUUUUCUUUGUUCUCGAAACUAUAUAUAUAUAUGCGUGUGGAUACAUUUAUUUAUAUACAUACAUCAUACAUACAUGCAUACAUACACACAUACAUACAUGCAUACAUACAAACAGGCAUACAUACAAGCAUAUAUAGUUAUAUAUGUGUGUGUGUGUACGCGUGUAUACAUGCUUGUAUAUAUAUGCACACUCUCUCUCGCACAUAUUUAUAAAAUUUCGAGAACAGCUUUCUCUCUCUCUUUCUCACUCUCUGUCUCCUCUUUCACUCACUCACUUUCUGUCCCCUCCUUCUCUCUCUCUCUCUCUCUCUCUCUCUUUCUCUCUCUCUCUCUCUCUCUCUCUCUCUCUCUUUCUCUCUCUCUCUGUAUAUAUAUAGGAUAAUUAGCAAUAAAUACCAAGAUAUAUACGAGUAUACAAGAUAAUUACAAUUAAGAUACCACCAUUACCCUUCACGAAUAGUGUUAUUAGUAAAUAAUUACCCCAAUAAUAUAAUUAAAAUAACAUAUAUAAUCAUAAUAAUGACUAUUAUUAAAAUAAUUAUAACAAUUAAAAUGGUAAUUAUAUUAAGAACUUUAUCUAUAAAGCCAUUAGUUUUUGUACAAUAACCACGAUAAUACUAAUAAUAAUAAUAAUAAUAAUAACAAUAACAAUAAUAAUAAUAAUAAUAAUAAUAAUAAUAAUAAUAAUAGUAAUAAUAUUAAUAAUGAUGAUGAUGAUGAUAAUAAUGAGACCUUGCGAUUUUGAGAGACCCUGUGAGACCUUUGACAACAGGUUGCUGUCCGCUAUCACAGAAUUAACCAGAGCAAGUAAUUAUAAUAAUAAUGAUCGCUUCUUCAACAAUAAGUUAUUUCCCAUAUUUAAGCAAACUUUCUGAACAACAGCAUGUAGAAAUUAUCCAGCUGGUGAUUUCGUUAUUAUUCGCAUGUUUUAGUACCUUCAUAAUUAUCAAAUAUAUAUAUUGCUAAAUAACAGGUUUAAUUUUAACAGGUAUAUUGCUAGGUAUUGCUAGGUAUGGUUAUUAAUAAAUUCAUAUUUUUGUUAUUUAAAUAAGUAAUAUAGCGAUUUUUUCAAUUUGACUUUUUUUAUACUGUUGUUCUUUCAGUUACUUUCAUCAUAGCAAUUUAAAAAGAAAUAAUAAUUAGCAUCGAUAAAGACCGUCACGAGUGGUUUAUUGCUGAAUUAGCUUUUCAAACUGCCAUGCUUUCAUUUUAUUAAUGAAAUGAUUUACGCAUACAGAUAUGUUAGUCCGUCGAGUCUCUGUUAUAUUUUCCUUGAUGUUGGGUCGAUUAAAACAUCAAUUAGUAUGAUUUGUUGCUCGGAAGAGAAAUCGCAGAAGCAUGAGUGAGUGUAUGUAUGUGCUGUGGUGUGUAUACACACAUACACACACACACACGUGCGCAUUUCAAAUAUCUAAGAUAAGCAUGAAUAUCAAUGUAUCAUUCUAUCUCGAUGUGUGUGUGUGUAUGUGUGUAUUUAUCAAUGUGAUCCAUAGUUCGGGUGCUCUAUCUUUAUAAAUAUUGUAUAAUAGUCAUUAUUAUUAAAUUUCAUGGAGCUCUACUUCUGCUUUCAUCCUUGCAAUGAUCGAUAAAAUAAGAAAUAGACAAGAAUUGGGUUCGAUCAAAUCGAAUCUACUCCUCCGACGGAAUUCGAAUCAAUUUACCUAUGUUAAAAAAAAACCCCAUUAUUUUGCAUUGUUAUUUAGACAAUGGAUUAGCGCUAACGUUAGAACUUCCGACAACAUAUUCUAGGAUAUUUAGGUGGAUCUAUUUAUAUUCUGAUUACAAAUUUUGCUGAGAUCGACCUUGCUCUUUAUUUUUCUGGAGAUGAUACCAGUUAUGUAAAGGAGAGCGUUUAAAUCGACCGCACACAUCAAUGAAAUCUGUUCUUAUUUCAAUGUUAGAAAACUUUAUAAUAAGUAACAUCAACUUUGCUUUCCAUCUUUCCGUAGACAAGUAUGGGGGUCAAUUGUGUCGAAGUUACAAUUAAAAUUAAUAAUGUUUAUCA